AUGACACCACAACGACCCAUAAAGCGACUCCUGGUCGCAAACAGAGGCGAAAUAGCCGUGCGCAUCAUCCAAGCCGCACGCGAACUUUCCCCAUCAAUUGAAACAUUCGCACUCCACACACCAGAUGACCGGUCGCAUUGCAAUGUUGCUCGACCACACCACGCGUUGGAGAUCCCCUCCGCCGGGGCCUAUCUAGAUAUCGCUCUACUAGUUGAUCUUGUCAAACGACAUUCCAUUGACGCCGUACAUCCAGGCUACGGGUUUCUCAGCGAAAGCGCAGAUUUCGCACAGCGUAUGUGGGAGGAUGCUGGGGCGGUUGUUAUUGGGCCUGGGUGGGAAACACUCGCGAGGACGGGGGAUAAGCUCCAGGCGAAGGAGUUGGCGGAGCAAUGUGGUGUUCCGGUGUUGAAAGCGCUGACGAGGCCUACGGCUGAUUUGAACGAGAUUAGGUCGUUUGUGCAGGAGGUCGGAUUCCCGGUGAUGAUCAAGGCUGUUGAUGGAGGUGGGGGUCGAGGGAUUCGGCUGGUGCGGAAUGAUGGGGAGCUUGAUAAUGCCAUGGAUCGUGCGAUUGGAGAGUCGCCGUCGCGAACGGUGUUUGUUGAGAAAGCUGCUGUGGAUGGAUUUCGUCAUGUCGAGGUUCAGGUGGUUGGUGAUGGGACAAGCAAUGUUCGGCAUCUUUGGGAAAGAGAUUGCAGUAUCCAACGCCGGUUCCAGAAGGUCGUCGAGUGUGCACCAGUGUUAUUAAGGAAGAGAGACGUUGUGAGUCGGGUAAUUGAUGCAGCAUUGAAGAUUGCAAAGACAAUUCGCUAUCGGUCCCUUGGAACCUUCGAAUUCUUGGUGAAUGAGUCCGAAUUCUAUUUUCUCGAAAUCAACCCGCGACUGCAGGUCGAACAUACUAUCACUGAGAAUAUCACCGGUGUCGAUCUGGUGCAAACACAACUCCUGCUUGCUCAGGGCCACUCUCUUCAUCAACUAGGACUGGAUUACGUCGACCCUAAAGACCCUCCUCCAAGAUCGAUUUCGAUCCAACUCCGACUAUGCGCGGAGGAUCCAAAUAACAACUUCUCUCUCGGGAUUGGAAAGAUCACGGACUUUUUCGUUCCUAGCGGCCAUGGAACUCGAGUUGACACCCAUAUCGACACUGGUUCUUCACCCUUGAUCGUGGGCUCGAACUUUGAUAACCUCCUGGCAAAAAUCAUCGUCACCGCAUCGAACUGGGAAGCAAUCGUCCGAAAAGCACAACGCGUAUUAGCAGACACGAGGAUUGCAGGCGUCACUACAAACAUUAACCUCUUGCGGGGGAUUGUGGCUCAUGAUGAUUUUAUGGCCGGAGCAAUUGACACACAAUGGCUAGGAUCGAAUCUGGGGCAAAUAAUUCAGUUUGGUGAGAUGGUCUCUGCAUCUUUGCUGAAAGAACGUUCACCAUCUUCCCCAGCGAGCCAGGGCAUUUCCAUGCCGUCAUCAAACCAUUUAUUCCGAAAAGGAGAUGCAUGGUCCAUCACCCUUGAACCUACCCAGAAGGGGUCUUCUCAGAAUGAACAAGAAACCCGACAUCACUUGCAACUUUCGCGUGUCCUGCGUAACGAAUUCCCGUCCUCAUUGACGGCAGAGAUCGAAUACACCACACCAGCUGAAUCUACUAUUCUGUACCGGAUGCAAUUGGAAUCCACCUCGACCUCAGCAUCGGCCCUUGUGUCUUCAUCCCAUCGACGCGGGGAUCCCAGGAAUCCGGCGCAUAUCGUGCUUCCGCUAUCAGGAAAGUUGAUCGAGGUCCUGGUAUCCGAAGGAGACCAUAUUUCGAAGGACCAGGUUGUCGCUUUCGUAAAGCAGAUGAAAAUGGAACUGGAAGUUCGGAGCCCGCGUGCUGGAACGGUGAAAUGGGUGUUUGAAAUGGAAGAGGAUGAGGAAGACGUGGCUGAGGGUGUGCUUUUGGCGGAAUUGGAGGAGGUCGAACGAGGACUUGUCGAUGUCCGGGGGAAGUUGUAG